AUGGCUCCUCCUCCUACCCCUGUCGUCGCUAGACCUUUAGAAGACACUGUCAUUUUCAAGCCUCUUCAGGUUGGUAAAAACGAGCUUUCCAACCGCAUUGUGUUUGCUCCAUCCACGAGAUUCAGAGCCUUGGAGGACCAUUCCCCAUCGGAUCUCCAGCUCGAAUACUACGACGAAAGAUCAAAGUACCCAGGCACGUUACUUACUGUGGAGGGAACUUUGCCAAGCAAGAAGACUGGCUCCUACGCGUUCGUUCCUGGUAUUUACACCGAUAAACACGUUAGAGAAUGGAAGAAGGUGACGGAUAAGAUCCACGAGAACAAGUCGUUCGUUACUGUCCAGCUCUGGGGAUUGGGCCGUGUGGCUGAUCCAGCACAGAAUAAGAAGGAAGGCCAGAAACUCAAGGGUCCUUCUGCUCUCUAUGACCAUCCAAGACUGGAGAAGGCUGCUAAAAAGGCCGAAAACGAGAUCGAAGCUUAUACCACCGAGGAAAUCGACGAUUUGGUCAAUGAAUAUCUGAAGGCAGCUAAGAACUCUGUGGCUGCUGGCUUCGAUUACGUCGAGUUCCACUGUGCUCAUGGAUACCUUUUCAACCAAUUCUUUGCUCCUUCAGCAAACAAGAGAACAGACAAGUACGGUGGCUCCAUCGAGAACAGAGCUCGUUUCAUUUUGAGUGUCAUCGACAGAUUGUCAGAUGAGAUUGGCUCUGAAAGGCUAGCCGUCAGAAUCUCUCCAUGGGCCACAGUUUACGGUAUUCAGGCUCAAAAGGAUGAGGUUCAUCCAAUCACCAUCUACUCUCAUUUCUUGAACGAGUUGCAGAAGAGAGCUGAUGCUGGUAGACCAAUUGCAUACGUUUCCGUUGUCGAACCUAGAGUGUCCGGUGUCUUUGAUGUCGCAGAGAAGGACAUCGCUGGUGACAAUGAUUUCGUGAAAGCUGUCUGGAAGGGUGUCGUGAUGAAGGCUGGUAACUACACUUAUGAUGCUCCAAAGUUCAAGCUGCUUUUAGAUGACACAGAGGAUGGAAGAACGUUGGUUGGUUUUUCCAGAUACUUCAUUUCCAACCCUGACUUGGUUUACAGACUUAGAGAUGGUAGGGAACUUACCCCUUAUGACAGAAAGACUUUCUACAAGACCACUAAUUGGGGUUACAACACCUACAAGAGGUUUGAGGACGAGAGACAGUUUGAUGAAGAAGCCGAGAAGAAACGUAGAGCUGCACCAAUCGCCGUGGCCGCUACUCAUGCUAAAUUGUAA